CUAAAUCCCCGGCCCUUCAGUGGAUUUUUUAAAUAAAGAAUAACUGUCAGCUCAGAAACUGAUCCUCCAACUGUAUUUAAUAAUAGCAAACUGGUUUAAAUGAAAAAUCUUGUGUAACUUAGCUAACAGUUCAACAGUCAGGCAAUCCCAGUGCAACUAUUUCCCUCUGAGAAGGCACAGUUUACAAGAGCCAAAUGUCUUCCUCUUUAUUCGUAAUAACAAAAAUAAACUGAGGUCCUCACAUAUUUGUAGUAUUUUUAUUCCUAAAGGAAAAAACAGGAACUGUCAUUGUACUUGAAGAUUAAAGUUGCUCCUUAGAUACUGUGCCAGCCUCACAUGGCAAGAGAGCCCGGCACUCUCUCUAGGAAACACUCAAUUAGGGUGGUGCUCGGCCAUGCCAGGGGCCUGCAACAGAUCAGUGUUCCCGAGGGCUUCUGCAGCUCACAGUCCUGCUGGGCAGUGAGCAUGCUGCUCUCAUUUUUCCUGUUGCCGGGCUAGUGACCCCCUAGAGGAAGAUAAGGGAUAAGCCAGGAGGCGGGGCAGCAGCUACACAUGUCUGGCUGCGCUUAUCAGCUUAUCAUAUAAGGGAAGGAAAGUGAUUGAUUCGGAUACUGACACGGUAGAACCUGGGGAAAGAGAAACAAAGAACAUGAAAGCUGCUCUGUGAGCCCCUAGGGCCCUCCCCAGCGAGCCGGGCUGUUCUUUCCACUGCAGUCUGACAGCUUACUGCAUGCCUGGAGAGAAGGCAGCUCUAGGAAGCAAGGCUGCUACCAGGAAAGGAAGAAAAAGAACGCUUUCACCGAUGGGCUCAGCCAUGCAGCACAGUCCAGUGUGUUAGGACUCUGAACUCACAUGUGCCUGGAAGUCUGCUGAGCCGGUGGUUUAUAACCCGAAGAGAGAGAGAAUGUGGCAGAUUGUUUUCUUUACUUUGGGCUGUGAUCUUGUGUUGGCUGCAGCCUACAAUAACUUUCGGAAGAGUGUGGAGAGCACUGGGAGAAAGCAGUACCAGGUCCAGCACGGGCCCUGCAGCUACACGUUUCUGCUGCCCGAGAUGGACAGCUGCCGCUCUGCCUCCAGCCCCUACGUGUCCAAUGCAGUGCAGAGGGACGCGCCCCUCGACUACGACGACUCCACGCAGAGGCUGCAGGUGCUGGAGAGCAUGCUGGAGAACAACACACAGUGGCUCAUGAAGCUGGAGAGCUACGUCCAGGACAACAUGAAGAAGCAGAUGGCCGAGCUCCAGCAGAACGCUGUGCAGAAUCAGACGGCCGCCAUGAUCCAGAUAGGAACGAACCUGCUGAACCAGACGGCACAGCAGACGCGGAAGCUGACGGACGUGGAGGCCCAGGUAUUAAAUCAAACAACAAGACUUGAACUUCAGCUUCUAGAACAUUCGCUUUCUACCAACAAGCUGGAAAAGCAGAUUUUGGAUCAGACCAGUGAAAUAAGCAAGUUACAAGAUAAGAACAGUGUCCUGGAGCAGAAAGUGCUGGACAUGGAGGACAAGCACUCGGUGCAGCUGCAGUCCAUGAAGGAAGAGAAAGCGGAGCUCCAGGUGCUGGUGUCCAAGCAAAACUCCAUCAUCAAGGAGCUGGAGAAGCAACUGGUCACUGCCUCCGUGAACACCUCCACCCUCCAGAAGCAGCAGCUGGAUCUGAUGGAGACGGUUCACACUUUAAUGACCAUGAUAGCAACACCAAACUCAAAGAAUGCCAUGGCUGCUGAGGAAGGACAGGUGGUUUUCAGAGACUGUGCUGCCGUGUUCAAAGCUGGACACACCACCAGUGGUGUCUACACACUGACGUUCCCCAACUCUACAGAGGAGAUAAAGGCCUACUGCGACAUGGAAACGGGCGGAGGCGGCUGGACGGUCAUUCAGCGCCGCGAAAAUGGCAGUGUUGAUUUCCAGAGGACCUGGAGGGAGUAUAAAGUGGGCUUCGGGAACCCGGCGGGAGAGCACUGGCUGGGGAAUGAGCUCGUCGCGCAGCUGAGCAGCCUGCAGGGCUACGUGCUCAGGAUCCACCUGCAGGACUGGGAGGGCAGCGAGGCAUACUCCCUGUACGAGCACUUCUCCCUGGCCAGCGAAGACUUCAAGUACCGGAUUCACCUUAAAGGACUCACAGGCACAGCCGGCAAAAUAAGCAGCAUAAGCCAACCAGGAAAUGAUUUUAGCACAAAGGAUGCAGACAACGACAAAUGUAUCUGCAAAUGUUCACAAAUGCUAACAGGAGGCUGGUGGUUCGAUGCAUGUGGCCCUUCUAACUUGAACGGAAUGUACUAUCCACAAAGGCAGAACACGAAUAAGUUCAACGGGAUUAAGUGGUACUACUGGAAGGGGUCAGGCUACUCACUCAAGGCCACCACUAUGAUGAUUCGGCCAGUGGAUUUCUAAGUGCUGAAGACCACCCGGAGCCGCACAUCCCCAAGGGACUGACCCACACUGCUGCACGCCGUGUCCUCUCCCUCCCACCGUAGGCAGCUCCUGGCCGAUGGGGUCCAUGAGCUCCCGACUAUAGCUGAGUCUGGGACAGCACUGCUGCUCAUGCUGAGGGAACCAGAGCCAAACCCCAGGCCAGAAGCAACCUGGCAGCGUGGGCUGGCAGCACACCUACGUGUGAUGAAUCCAAGGCUGAGACACGGUGACAAUUCACAGACUCUCCUGUCACAGCCAAGAAUGUCAUGUGCGAGUUUCUCAGUAAAUAACUGGAAAACAGAUAAUCUUGGAACUGCAUUCCUCCGAGCACUGUUUAUAGACUGUGUGAAUAGCCAUAUGUCCUGAUUUAGCAUCACUAUUAUAAUUAAAAGUCUCUAAGCCAUAAAAAUAUAUAUUCAGGGAUUUUUCUAAGUGGUUAUUACAGUUUAAUAUUUGGAAAAACAUAGAGCAUUUUUACUCCUCUGACGUGCUUUGCUUUAAAUUUGUAUUUUAAAAACAGCAUAUUUACAUAGCUGUUGACAGCUUCUUUUUAAGUUAAUGCUCAAAUACAUAUUUCAAGUUUCUAUGAUAAAAACUUCCAGAAUCUUUGAAAUUAUUGAUAGAAGUGUUUGCUAUUUGGGUUUGUAUGAAGAUUGUACUAUUUUUAUCCUAGCUGGCUGUUAAAUAUGAAGGUAGUUUUAGUAAUUAAAUAUAACUUAUUAAGUGAGAUAAUUAUGUUUAACUUUUACGAUAACACUGUAAAUUUUAUAAUUUGGUUAUGAAAUGAUUGUGCCUCAUGACAAGGAAAAGCUAAAUAAUGAGGAAAUUAUACAUUUAAGUCCAUGACAAAGAUAUUUUCUUCUCACUGUAACUGCAAAGAGGUUUAUUUUCUCAUUUCACUAGAUUUAUUUUAUAGACUAAGCUGAAAUUUAAUUUGUGAUUGAGAAAAACAUUCCGAGACAUUCACAAAGCUAUAUUGCUCGAUUUGACUCUUAUUUAAGAAAAAAGAUUUGUAUUAGCAAUUUUUUUUUACAUCCAUCAGCAGACUGAAAGAAAGAAGUACUUCAGAAUGCAGACCCAAAAUCUGAUGCUGAGUACACCCAAAAAUUCACAGAAAAUUUUGAGGAUGCAGCUUUUUGCUCAGGAACUGCAAAAAUCUUAACUCCUGCAGCUUUGGCUUCUUUUGAAGAGUUCAUAGCACCAUCAACACUAACACACAUCUACAUGAUGAGUUCAGAAGCAGUUUCUCAUAUUCAUUCCCCAGUCAACAGCUAGGAAGGGGGCCAGCAUUUCCUACGUGUGUCUUUGCAUCUUACUGGCCUAUUGCUUUUUCCUUUAUUCUGCUCUCUUCCCUGUUCCUUUCCCUGCACUCCUGAGACGCAGCGUCAGGACAGGGUGCUCAGGGGACAGUGAGGGCCUCCAGGCUCUGGACCACCCCACCCUGCUGCACUCCCACAGCUACCCUCUGAGCCUCCUGGCUGAGAACUGCUCCUAUUGUGACAUUUAAGAAGGAUUUAAAAACUCAACCAGGCUAUCAUGGAUUUACAUCAGGUUUUAAAAAAUCUGCUAAUUAGAAAAUUUCACAGCUUCAAAAGCCCACAGUUAGUUUCUAGUAUCUCAAUGGCCCUAAUGACAGAUGCCCGAGGUAAGAAAAUGAUAACACAGAAAAAACUGGCAACAACAGACCAUGUAUAUCAAUUUCUCAUGAAGGCAGGAAAAACGAAUUUCAAAGACAAACCUCACUAUGUUACUCAGAGUUAUAUAUAAUCUCAUUUGACAGAGAAUGGGAGGAAUUUGUGUUUGUACUUUACACUUCAGUUCCUUAUACAGUAUUUCAAACAAACAGUCCUGCCGGGAGGAAUUUUUUCUCUCCUUAAGAAAACAUUUAUAGAGUUGAAAGGAAAUCAAAACAAUAACCCUAAAAAAGCAAAAACGAUACAACAACCUAGAUAGCUGCAGUGGCUACAAGGCAGAGCCCAGUCUCUUGCUAUGUCACAGCCAGAGGCCGACUCAGGCUGCCACACAGCCGAGUGCAGCAGCGGGAGAACGGUGGCAGACAAGCCCUCAGCUUGGCAUCAGACAGACACCAACUGCUGAAGGAAUCAGCUGUCAUGCAGCAGCCAACAAUUCUGAAAAUGAAAGCUGACUUCUGUCCCAUUGUGCUCCCAAUAAAGUAUCAAAUCACUCACUUCUUUAUUGCUUAAUCUUUUAAAAAACAGAACCUGGAACUUUUCCAUUAAAAAUCGGAAACACUUAAGAGUCAGUAAAACUGAAGUGGAGUUUAAAAGAACCAUCAAAAUGUAAAGACUAUAUCAUAAUGCUAACAAGCCACAAUUUUUAUACCUAUCAGUUCUAUCUCUAUUAAUAGGAAAGGCAUUAGUUUUUAAAACCAUAUACAAGAUAUGCUACCUUCCCCAGAAUACACUUUUUAAAAUUACUUUUGUUUUUCUCAAUCCUGAGGGCUUUCAUAACUAAAAUUUCUUGAGACACUUCUUACUGCAAUUUUACAAAGUACCAUCACAUUCUCAAUAUGAUCUCAUAAAUAAAUAAAAGGUAUUAAGUUCCA